AUGGUGCAGCAAAUCAAAAGCAAAAAGGCCUUUGAGCAAGCUUUGGGUGGUCCAGGAGAUAAACUGGUAGUAGCUGAUUUCUCAGCCGUGAGAUAUGGGCCUUGCAAAAUAAUCAAGCUUUUCUUUCAUUCCGUCUCUGAAAAAUAUUCCAACACGUUGUUCCUUGAGGUAGAUGCGGAUGACUGUCAGGAAGUCACUGCAGACUGUGAAGGCAAGUGCAUACCAACUUUCCAGUUUUUUAAAAAGUGUCAAAAGGUGAGUUAG